CUCACCUUCUUCCUCGUUUGAGUCAUUUUAUUGCUUUAUUAUUUUUUUCUUCUGGGCAACCACGAUUCUUCUUCUUCCUCAUAUCUUUUUUUUCUUCUUCUACUUCAGUUCAUCAUCAUUAUCUUCUCCUUACUCUUUCAUUCAUCAUCCACUCAUCGUUAUCAUCACCUUCUUCUUCCUAAUCCUCUUCCAUCUACCAUUAUCUUCUCUUUCUUCAUCAUUAUCAUCACCAUCUUCUUUCGAUUUAUGUCUUUUAUUAUCAUAAUCAUCAUCAAUUCAUCAUCUUCUUCGCCUUUCAGAUCGAUACUAGGAGCUCCAUCGUUCAGAUCUCACCGCCCGUUGUGUGAUUCUUCGUUUUCUUGAUGUUUUUAUUUUUUUUUAAGAGUUUUUUUUACCGAAAUAACCGAGUUUUUUUUACCGAACCGAACCGAACCGAACCGAACCGAACCGAACCGAAGUCAUUUUCGGUUAGUUUCGGAAGAGUAUUCAUUUUUCGAAUUAACCGAAAAACCGAGAAACCGAAACCGAAACACCCGAAAAAACCGAAGUCGCAGGCCUAACUAAAAGACUAAACCUCGCCGUAAGCAUAAGGGAUCAUAGGCGAGCUUAACUUCACACGACGGUAGAUCAGAAUCGGUACUCGCGCUGAAGGUUCCAUCGCCACCACGGUUUUCAGUAGCUUGUGUUAGUCGGGCGACGAAUUCUUCAUGAUUCCGAUUACUCCGGUCGUAUUACAGGGUUCCGUUUGUAUCUGUGCAUUGUCCUUAGGAGGGGGUAUUGGAUGAGAGAAUUUGAUAGAAUAGAAUAUAAUGGAAUUGAAGACAUAAGCUAUAGAUUUUAGAGUAUUGCAAAAGAUUUUUAACAGAAUGGAACAGAAUAUCAAUUCUUAUAUUUCAAUUAAAAAGCCACGACGAAAAGAACAUAUUAAUUCUUCAAUAAUUUAUCUUUCGUUCCCACUAAGCGAAUGUUGGAGAGUUGACAAACCAAUGCAAGCUUUUGAUAAUUACCCAGAAAUUUGAAGAACACAACUCACACGAAACUGUAUCAGAUCUUGAAAUUUCACUCAAACCAAAACCCCACACAUUAUCUAAUAAACCAAUAAUCAAAACCACACAUUGGCUAUCAACGACAUAAGUCGUAAAUCUAACAUGGAUUAGAGAUGAGAUCUCAUCAUAAUAAGCUUGUGGAUUAAAAACAAUUUGUGAUCAGUUCAGUUCUAAUGUGUGCACAUCCCACACACCACGUAUCAAAGUGACAAAGAUUCUCACGUAACGUUCAAAGGUGUAGAGACCCAGACCUAGAUUUGGAAAAAAAAAAAACAGAGUUCAAGGCUGGAACGAGAUGAUAGAGUUCAAUGUUGUCCACGAUAUUUUUUUCUAUCCAAAUCUCACCCCAAAACCUCAGAAUCUUUUCUUUACAUUUUACGCAUAGUUUUCUAUUAAAUUCUCGAUAAUUCAUGUUGUUAUAAAAUUUUACAAAACAUUCAAUAACACUUGAUUUUAAUAGAAUUAAGAAAUUAACAAUUUCAAUAACACUGGAAUUCAAAUUAUUUUAAAAGAAUGUUUAAAUAUACUUCGUUGAAUAACACAUGAAUUUAAAAGAAUCUAUAAAAUGUUGUUUUGAAUAACAGCAGAAUUCAACUUUCUUUUAAUUUCUCUCAUAUUCUUUUGUCCAAUACCCCCUCCUAAAAGUAAUCUUCUUUAGUCUUAUGAACUUUACUGGUAUUUGAUUUUAUGAGAUACAUACUCUAGUCGUUUACUAAUUAGACCAUGUCCAACCCAAGUAUGUUAAGCUAUUUCUUAGGAAUAAAGUACCAAAAAAUAAAUCAAUAAUCAUAAUUAGUGUAAGAAAUGUCUCUUGCUAACAGUUUUUGUGUGUGUUUCUUAUUGAAACGUGUUUAAUUGUGACUGGCUUGAGUUUGGGAAAAAAAAACCCAUGAAAGACUUGCAAACAAAUAAAAACACUCAUAUCUCUCUCUCGUUCUCUUGUCGAAACAACGAUCACUCUCUCGAUAUCUCUCUCACUCUCUUCUCGUCGCCGAUGGGCAAACUAAAGAACACAGAAUCGAGAAACAGAUAGUUUCUGUUCUACACCAACAAGCCGAGAGCAACACCCACAAGCCGAGAUCACCAACAACACCAACUCUAUGCAUUGGACAUGCUCUUACGCAGUUACAUUGGAGACUCUUCUUCUAUUCAAUCCUUGAGCUUGGUCGCCGCCAUCUCCUCUUGAUGUUAUAUUUUACGUGGUUCGCACCACUAUAAGCCACGUGUAUAUGUCGUCAGUUCCUCAGAGAACACUCUUCGCUUUCUCUCUCAACAUCUCUUCUCCUACCUCCUCGCUUCUCCGAUCAUCUUCUUCUCCUUACCUUACCUUUGCUCGUUCUCUUAACAGUUUCUCUCUCUCAGAUAUGCCUAAGAAGCAGAAAAAGAGAAGCCACGCAGAGCAUAAGUGGCAAUUAAAAACGGAGAUGGAUGCUCCAUCUAAAUCCAGUGAUCAUUCGGUAUCUGUUGUUGCAGAAGCAGUAAACAAUCAAUUUGGUGGGUUGAGUCUUGGGGAAAGCAACACUAAGGUUCCAGUCUUACCAAGUCAAAGUGCAAGCAACAAAAGUGUUCAAAAUCUAGUGUGGAAGCCUAAGUCAUGUGGAACAGUUAGUGGAUCAUCAUCGGCAAUACAAGUUGGUAAAACGUCAGCUGUCUCACAGACAUGUUUUUCGGGAAAUCCAAAAGCUGGUCUUAAUCUAAGCAAUUUUUGCGGAGGUAAAUUCUUGGAAAAUUUUACAGUGGACAAAUCGACUUACUGUCAUGCUCAGAUCAGAGCCACUUUCUAUCCAAAAUUUGAGAACGAAAAGACUGACCAAGAGAUAAGAACAAGAAUGAUUGAGAUGGUAUCUAAAGGAUUGGCAACACUGGAGGUAUCUCAAAAGCAUUCAGGCUCUCUCUUUAUGUAUGCCGGUCACAAUGGGGGAGCAUAUGCAAAGAACAGCUUUGGUAAUAUUUAUACUGCGGUUGGUGUUUUUGUUCUUUCACGAAUGUUCAGGGAGGCUUGGGGAACUAAGGCUCCAGAGAAAGAGGCAGAGUUUAAUGAUUUUCUUGAGGAAAAUCGCAUGUGCAUAUCUAUGGAACUGGUAACUGCUGUUCUUGGAGAUCAUGGCCAACGCCCACUGGAUGAUUAUGUGGUAGUGACGGCCGUUACCGAGUUAGGUAAUAGUAAGCCCAAGUUCUAUUCAACUUCUGAACUUAUUGCUUUUUGCCGGAAAUGGCGUCUACCAACAAAUCACGUGUGGCUGUUUUCCACAAGGAGAUCAGUGACCUCUUUUUUCGCUGCAUUUGAUGCACUCUGUGAAGAAGGGAUAGCAACCUCAGUCUGUAAGGCUCUUGAUGAAGUAGCUGAUAUUUCGGUUCCAGGCUCAAAGGACCAUGUUAAGGUGCAGGGUGAGAUAUUAGAGGGUCUUGUUGCGCGUAUCGUGAGCAGUCAGAGUGCCAGAGAAAUGGAAAAUGUCAUGAAAGAUCAUCCUCCACCACCCUGUGAUGGAGCCAAUCUUGAUCUGGGACUCAGUCUAAGAGAUAUAUGUGCUUCCCAUAGAUCUAAUGAGAAACAGCAAAUGAGAGCACUUUUAAGCAGUGUUGGGCCAAGUUUUUGCCCCAGUGACUUGGAUUGGUUUGGAGAUGAAUCUCAUCCGAAAAAUGCUGACAAAUCUGUUAUAACAAAAUUCCUGCAAUCUCAGCCUGUAGAUUAUUCAACUAGUAAAUUACAGGAAAUGGUACGCUUGAUGAAGGAAAAGCGUCUUCCAGUCGCAUUCAAGUGUUACCAUAAUUUUCAUAGAGCUAACGACAUUUCGUCUGACAACCUAUUCUAUAAAUUAGUUGUCCAUGUGCACAGCGAUUCAGGAUUUAGGCGUUACCAAAAAGAGAUGAGGCACACACCUAGUUUGUGGCCUUUAUAUCGAGGUUUCUUUGUUGAUAUUAAUUUGUUCAAGUCAAAUAAAGGGAACGAUCUGAUGGCUCUUAAAAGCAUUGAUAAUGCGGUCAAAGAUGCCAGUGAAAAUGAUGGUCAACGAGGAAAUGAUGGUUUGGCUGAUGAUGAUGCUAACUUAAUGAUCAAGUUGAAGUUUCUUACAUACAAGUUGAGAACCUUUUUGAUCCGUAAUGGCCUAUCAGUUCUAUUUAAAGAGGGGCCAGCAGCUUACAAGACCUACUACCUCAGGCAAAUGAAAAUUUGGGGUACGUCAGAUGGAAAGCAGAAAGAAAUUUGCAAGAUGCUUGAUGAAUGGGCUGCUUACAUAAGAAGAAAGUGUGGGAAUGAUCAGCUAUCUUCAUCAACAUACUUAAGUGAAGCUGAGCCAUUCCUGGAACAGUACGCGAAACAAAGCCCAAGAAAUCAGAUUUUGAUUGGGUCUGCUGGGAACCUAGUGAGAACUGAGGACUUCUUGGCCAUUGUUGACGGUGAUCUAGAUGAAGAAGGCGAUAUUGUGAAGGAAGGAGUAACACCAGCUACUCCUGAGCCAGCUGUGAAUCAAGCUGUCCACAAGGAUGAGGGGUUAAUUGUAUUCUUUCCAGGGAUUCCUGGUUGUGCUAAAUCUGCACUUUGCAAGGAGUUAUUAAACUCCCCAGGAGGCUUUGGAGAUGAUCGGCCAGUGCACACCCUGAUGGGUGAUCUUGUCAAAGGAAAAUAUUGGCCAAAGGUUGCUGAUGAACGUCGUAAAAAACCACAAUCGAUUAUGUUAGCUGAUAAAAAUGCCCCAAAUGAAGAUGUCUGGAGACAGAUCGAAGACAUGUGUCGGAGAACUAGGGCUUCUGCAGUUCCAAUCGUUGCUGAAUCUGAAGGAACCGAUACAAAUCCAUACUCACUUGAUGCCUUGGCUGUUUUCAUAUUCCGUGUACUUCAACGAGUUAACCAUCCGGGAAAGCUCGACAAGGCAUCUAUAAAUGCAGGCUAUGUGCUAUUGAUGUUUUAUCACCUUUAUGAGGGAAAGAACCGUAAGGAAUUUGAGAGUGAAUUAAUUGAGCGUUUUGGCUCCCUCGUCAAGAUGCCACUGUUGAAAAUAGAUAGGAAUCCUAUUCCUGAUCCUGUCAAAUCAGUUCUUGAGGAGGGCAUAGAUUUGUUCAGUCUCCACAGUAGAAGACAUGGGAGACUCGAGUCAACGAAAGGAACAUAUGCAGCAGAAUGGACCAAAUGGGAGAAACAACUACGAGAUACUUUAGUUGCAAAUUCUGAAUAUCUCAACUAUAUUCAGGUUCCAUUUGAGUCUGCAGUUCAUCAAGUGCGGGAAGAGCUCAUAAGAAUCGCAAAGGGUGAAUACAAACCUCCAAGUUCAGAGAAAACAAAACAUGGGUCUAUUGUUUUCGCUGCCAUCAACUUGCCUGCUACUCAAGUUCAUAGUCUUCUUGAAACGUUGGCCGCAGCACACCCAACAGUGAGAUCUUUUCUAGAGGGAAAGGAAAAGAGAAUACAGGAAAAGCUUGAACGGUGUCACGUGACGCUUGCCCACAAGAGAAGCCACGGUGUAGCAGCUGUAGCCAGCUAUGGCCAACACUUGAACAGAGAGGUACCUAUAGAGCUCACAGAGUUCAUCUACAACGACAAGAUGGCUGCUCUAACUGCCCAUGUCGGAUCUGUGGACGGGGAGACCAUAAUCUCCAAGAACGAAUGGCCGCAUGUUACCUUGUGGACUGCGGAAGGCGUUACUGCGAAAGAGGCCAACACAUUACCUCAGCUGUACUUAGAAGGAAAGGCGAGCUGCUUGGUGAUAGAUCCUCCAGUCUCAGUUUCAGGUCCUCUGGAGUUUUUCUGAAAAAACUUUAACAUGGAAGUUGCUCUCUCUUCAGUUGCUUGUGGAAUGGAAAUACAGAUUAGUUUUGUUAAUUGUUAUAAUAAACUGUUUCCAUUGUCAUAAGAUUUUGAGGUUAAUAUAUGUUAAUUAUGUA